AUGCACUUAUCAACUAAUCAUCCUGGAUUCUUUAAGGUAAUACAAUAUUCAUGGGUAGAGGAUUGUACAAGGAAUCCUGCUUUUUGUUUUCUCAGUAAAUUAAAAAGAUUAAAAAUUAUACUCAAAUUAUGGAACUGGGAGGUAUUUGGUGAUCUCAGAAUUAAAGUGAAAACUACUGAAGAGGAAGCACUAGGAGCUUAUUUGGAGUCUGAUGCCGACCCUGCGAAUAUUGAGUUACUCAACAAGUUAGUUACUAUAAGGAGGAAAAAUGAAUUGGCUUCUCAGCAAUACAAUGAAUUGAUGAGAGAAAAAUCUAGAGUUAAAUGGGUUAAAGAAGGUGGAGCUAAUACUUUUUUUCAUACAACUAUGAGAAUCAUGAAGGCUUAUAAUAAUAUUUCUGAAUUGGAAAAUACAGAGGUAUUUGAAGAAGAAUUAUUUGAUGAUAUACCCAAAGUAUUGAAUGAUGAAGAUAAUAUCUUUUUUGAUGCUAUUCCUUCUCAAGAUGAGAUUAAAAGUGCAGUUUUUGGAAUUGAUGCAAAUAGUGCCUUAGGGCCAGAUGGAUUUCCAGAUAGUUUUUAUAGAUUUGCUUGGGAUGUGGUGGGAAAUGAGCUGGUGGAGGCUAUUCAUUAUUGUUGGAAUAACAGAUUCAUACCAAAACGCUUUAAUUCUAAUUUUUUGUUCGUUCUUCCUAAAAUUCAAGGUGCCAAGAAAUCUGAACACUUUAGACCAAUUGGUCUGGAAAACUUUAACUUCAAAAUCAUUAUAAGAAUUAUAACUGCCAUAAUUAGUACUGUGAUUGGGAGAAUGGUAUCUAGUCAACAGGGAGCAUUCAUUAAAGGAAGAAAUAUACAUGAGAAGAUUAUGUUAGUAUCUAGUGAAUGA